UAUCGAUGUUUCUCCACCUCUACCGAACGCAUUGCAUUCCGAACCGCUUCUUAAGGAUUUUAAAGAUUUCUGAGGAUAACCAUGGCGGAUGACACCAACGAGGACAGCUGGCUGUAUGGCACCUCGAACCCGGACUCGACGACCGGCGAGCUGGGUAAUGGCGGAGGUCCGCUGACGGCGGAGCACGAGGCUGCAGCAGAGGCUCAGGCCCUGGCCGCAGUGGUUGCCGGCGAAAAGCCGGGGUCCUCGUCCGGAGCUGAUCCCACCGGAGACUCGCCGCGCUAUCCCAAGGAGGAGGUGCCCGAGUACUCGGAGUUCGACGAUCCGGCAGAGGAAAUGGAGGAGGACGAAGAGGCCCUGCCCGACACCACGGACAACAGGAGCAGGAGGGAGCGCGACAGGGACAGGGAGCGCCGGUACGCCGAGCUGGACGACACUCCUGAUCCAGAGGACGAGGAAAUGGUCGACGGUCCUGGCUCCAGGAGGGAGAGGAACGGCUCAGGUUCGGAAGAAGAUGACGACGACGACUCGGACGACGAUAUCAACGUGGUCAUCGGAGACAUUAAGCAAGCCCCCAGCUACAACAUCAAGCAGCGACCCAAUCUUUUGGCCGGAGGCACUGGAGCCGCCGGGGACAAGGCCAAGCCGACCGGCCAGGCGGGCAAGUUCAGCAUCGAGGACUUCGAGGGCGCCGGCACCAUAAACGGGGUGGCCGUUCACGAGUUCAGUAUCGAUUCGCUGGAGGAGAAGCCAUGGCGCAAGCCGGGAGCGGACAUCACGGACUACUUCAAUUAUGGAUUCAACGAGGAGACGUGGCGCGCAUACUGCGAACGGCAGAAACGCUUCCGAGUCGCGGAGAGUGGCGUGGGACUGGCCAGUCUCACGCAGAACGUGAGCCAGAACGCUCCCAUUGGAAUCCUUUCGGACGGCGGCAUGGGCAUGGGCCCACCCGGAAUGCACAGCAUCCAGUCCAUGGUGGGAAUGGGCGGGGAGGGAGGCAUGCAGAUGCCGCCGCCGGGAAUGCCGCCACCAAUGAUGCAGCACCAGUCGCGAUCCGGAAUGGGGCUGAUGCAGCGGCCCCCAAGGCCGAUCUCAACCACGGGCGGCGAAAGGGGCGGUGAUCGCGAGAGAGGCGUUAAGGAGAACGCCAUUCAGGUCAUGACCGCCGAGUGCCGGGAGUAUUCGCGUGGUGGCCUGGGACCCAUGGCGCCAAACUUUCCGCUACCCGGAGCCUCUGAGGAACCCUUCUUCCACGAGCCAGAACCCUUCGACUACGGCUACGAACCCACCCAGGAGUCGCAGUGGGGUAGCGACAAUGCUGGAUGGGUGCCCAGCGGGAUCAAGGAACUGACUCCGGGGCACGCCCAUAUGCAGCAGCCGCCUCCUGGGAUGCCGCCUCCAGGAAUGAGCGUACCACCGCCUCAGAUGGGCGGCCCACCACCCAAUCUACGCGGCAUGAUGCCGCCUAACAUGCGCAUGCCACCAAAUAUGAAUAUGGGACCGCCGCCUGGAAUGAUGAUGGGAGGCAAUGGUCCGCCACAGAUGCGAAUGGGCAUGGCACCGCCACAGAGGAUGGCCAUGGGCGAUCGUGGCUACGAGGAUGACCGUGAGCGCAGAAGACGCGAGAAGGACAAAUUGUUGAAAAAAGAUCAGCUGCGAAAGGACUUUCUGGACAUGCUGCGAGAGCGCCACGACAUCGAGAGGCACACAAGGUGGUAUGACAUCAAAAAGAAAUUCGAGACGGAUCCGAGGUACCGGGCACUGGACUCGUCCUAUCGCGAGGAGUAUUUCGAAGACUAUCUGCACCUGCUGAAAGAGGAGAAGCGCAAGGAGCGCGACCUUAAGGAACGCGAGCGACAUCGCGAUAAAGAGCGAUCUCGUGACAAGGACAAGGAUAAGGAGAAAGACAAAGAAAAGGAUAAAGAGAAAGAAAAAGAUAAGGAAAAGGACAAAGACAAAGACAAGGAAAAGGAUAAAGAUAAGGAUAAAGAUAAAGAUAAGGAUAAGGACAAGGACAAAGACAAAGAGAGCUCUCGUCGAGAACGCUCACGAUCCCGCGAAAAGUCUAGUCGCCGCAAGUCCAAGUCCCGCGAAAAAGAUCGAAGCGAACGAAGCAGCAAGAGCAGCAGCAGCAACACCGCCCCAUCCUCCAGUCGCAGCGAGAAAAAAAAAUCGCAUCGCAAGGAUAAAGAGGAGGAGGAAUAGCAUUUGUUAAGGUACUAUAUGGAAGACGAACGUGAAGCAACUCCCUGAGCUGCCCACAUACAAAUUGAAAAAAAAACUAUCCAAAAUAAAAGAAAAUUUUCUAAAUACUUACAAAAAAAGAAAAACACAAUACAAACUUGAGGACUGUUCGGAGAGAAUAAAAAGUAAAAUGCAGAGAUAAAUACACUUCGAAUAUUGUAUAAGAA